AUAUAACUUGCAUAUCUUCUCUGUUCAUGUCUCAUCACACGAGAACAAAGGCCAGCACAUCCACAAGGAUUCUCAUCCACCUUGUGUCGGCCAUGUUCCUGCUCAACCUCACGUUCCUGACCAACCACUACAUAGCAAAACUCAACAGCUCAGUGGGCUGUGUGAUCAUGGCAGCUGCCAUGCACUACUUCAUGUUAGCUACGUUCACAUGGUUUGCGGUGAAGGCCUUCCAUCUUUGUUUGCAGCUGUACAUGGGGGGCAAAAUAGUCAUCAGUCACUACAUACUCAAAGUCUCUAUCAUCAGCUGGGUUCUACCAAGUGUCCCUGGGAUUGUCCUGCUUAUCAAAGGAAAAUAUGGUGAACAAGUCAUUUACACAAACGACCCAGAAGAAAACGUGGCCAUGUGCUGGAUAACAGAAAGUGACGCCCACUACAUCGUCAACAUAGGCUACUAUGCGUUGGUCUUCGUCUUCACCUUCACCACCUUCGUCAUCAUACUUAUCUGGCUUUGUUGUCUCAGGAGGAUCAAAUCAGGAAACAGCCCAACUGGAACAAGUGGGAGAAGUAUUUUAACCAUCCUGGGACUGUGCUCCAUGCUGGGUAUCACGUGGGGCUUUGCCUUCUUCGCCUAUGGCGCCCUCCUGAUCCCCUCUUACUACAUCUUCACAGUCCUCAAUUCUUUUCAAGGUUUUUUCCUGUUCAUCUACUACUACAAAACCAGCCAAGUAGGAAACACAAACGCUGACUCGAGCAGUUCCACCAACAGCAGCAGCACUCUAGGCACACUGGUCCCCUGGGGGAACCCCUACGCUAACCUGCCGGACAAAAGAUAAACCCUAAGAAGAUUCAAGGACAGGAAAGUAUAAAGUAGGCAUCAUUGUAGGACUGAAGUGCAGACUACAAGAAAGUACAAAGAAAUAACUGAAAACUGUAAAGAAGUAUCAUGUUACAGACGUUUUCAAAACAUAGAUAUGUGUGGAAAAAAAACAGUCGACAAUAUCGGCCGAUAAUAGCAUAUCCAGUGACUAUCAUAUCGGCUACUUUAAUGACACACGUGUGCAGUGACUUUUUAUUUGAGUGAUCAUCUUGUCUUCAUUAUUUAUCUUUUCCACAAGAGUUGUUUAGUUUAUAAUAACUUUGUUUUUUUUGGUUUGCACAACUUCCUUUAGUGAGAAUCAGAGAGGGUGAAGGGUUCCUGCAGUUAAUGACUUAUAUGUAACUAUGAAAUGUUUAUAUGUAUCUAUGAAAUGUUUAUAUGUAACUAUGAAAUGUUUAUAUGUAACUAUGAAAUGUAAUUAUUCUUGGCUCAGGGAUGAAAACACAAAAAAGAGAGAUAUCCGAAGUAAAAAAAUGACAAAAAAAAAACCAGUCUAAUCUACCAUCUGACGAAGGCCUGUGCUAGUACGCUUAAAUUAACAGGAAAUUACAAUAUAUACAGAUCAAGAGACAAAGAUGAAUACAUCCGUUACUCAUAAACCCCCUACCCCAAAAAACUACUCAGAUUUCCAAGAAUUGCACAAGUCACCUAAGUUAAUGUUAAAAAAUCGAGUCGCCAAAAAGCGACUAAUUUGCAUCCAUGUUGGCUCACAAAUAAAAAAGUCACUGGCAGCAUAUGGGCAUAGAUAAAAUGUCCCAGCUGUGGAUAAAGUGUCAAAAAUAUUUUGCAACAUUCAAAUAUUGAAAGAGAUGAGAAAUAGAAAUCUUUUAUUCAGUUUCAAUCACACUUACAUUACAAAAAAUACAUUAAUAUUAUCUUUUAUUUUCAAUGUUUGAAGGUGGGAAAUUAUUUGACACUUCUACAACAAGAGAGCUUCUGCUUCCUUGAGAGCUUGUUCCAUUUCAGCGGCCUCCAGGGAGAAGUUUUCCCUCUCCUGCGUCAUAUGUUCCCGUGCUUUAGCCAGGUCUGUAAUUGUCACUUGGAUUUCCUGAGUGUUAAAAACAUGGAACAAUUUCAGUAAACGUUAAUCAGCCCUUAGUUCAACUACAACAAUAUUAGAA